CCCUCUCUCUCGCUCUCGGUGUCUCCGGUACGCGUCUCCUUCUUCCUCUCACCCACUCGGCCGAGUAAAAAGCUUGCUGGAGAGCCUCGAGGCCGCAAGUGGCACGAAAAGCUCAGUCGUUCGCGGACCGCGCUCCACAGCGUUUCGUUUUCGCGCGCGAGCCCUCUUCUCGCCGACAUGCGAACACCGUCACGCAUUCUACGCCGCUUUUUCUAACAUUGUUCACGUGAUUACGGUGAUUACCGAUGCGACCAGUGGCCACGACCCGUCCCAGACCCGGUCCAGCCUUUGCCGAUCAACGAUGAUGCUCGUCGGACUCCUGACGACGACGUUCGCCGCCCUCGUCGUCGGCUAUUCAUUCCUUGGCGCUGCACCAGAGAUGUCAUGCUGUUCCUUGGCGGCCGGAUCUUGUCGCAGCGUCUGCUCCCAGAUCUCUCUGGUUGCGCUGGGUGCCGACGCGAUGGCGAGGGAGAACGCGACACGACACCUGCUGGAGUUCUGCUCUCCCGAGCUGAUGGUGUUCUGGAGCUGCGUCAACUCGACUCUGAACGAUGUCAGGAACCAUGGCAACUGGACAGGAAGGGGUUGCUGUUAUCUAGCGCUGAACCCCAUUUGCAGAUCUACCUGUGCUGUCUCAGGGUCCAGAAGGUAUCUGAAUAAGUCCUGUCGUCCCAGCGACGAACCCGAGUUCUUCUCUUGCUUGGAAAGGCGCGAGGAAGCAGAGCAUUGCUGCACCACCGUUUCCAACGAAACCUGCAGGUCUAUCUGUCGUGAUCUGUUUUACCAACCCGGGAAGAUCUCGAAUCUGAAGCUGUACAGUAGCAAGGGCUGCUUUCAUCAGGUUCCCAAGUGUUUGAAGAGCGUCGCUGAGGUGAAACAUGCCGAGGAUCCUAAACAACAUCUUCAUUGCUGCAACGAGGCUACCACUCCAGCUUGCCUGGAAACUUGCAAGAGGAUCUUCCAGACCGCAACGACGGAUCAAGAGAUCAUGGACGCGCUGACGGAGAAUUGUAAUCCAGUGCUGCCUCAGUCGCCAUUUUGGAGCUGCCUGCUGAAGUCCGGAUCCUCGAAACCGACUAGAUUGCCAUUGGACGCGGGGAAAUUAUCGUGUUGCACGAAGGCGACCAAGACGUCCUGUCAAAAUUUAUGUUGGAGGGCAUUCCAGGCCGACUGGGAGUCCGCUUGGGUUCAACUGUAUGCAGAAUGUUUGUCGUCGAACUUGGAGGGCGAGCUGAGAAGGUGUCUGGAGGACGCUGAGGAACCCUGUGAGAUGGGCUGCUCCGGGCUGUCCUAUUGCGCCAGAUUUAACGACCGGUCGACGACGCUCUUUAGGACUUGUUCAGCAUCGGCUGAUGAGGCAGCAAAGUGGGAAGCGGAUCACUGGUCCAGGGGAGGAAUAGUUAGGGGUCUGGGGGUGCAAGUGCGCGCUGCAGCCUCUUGUCCACCAGAAACCCUGCGUGCAGCGGCAUGUCUGCUGCAGCUGAGACCAUGCGAAAGUAGGAUUCACGAGACCAGGUUGUGCAGAGAGGAUUGUCUGGAGUUAAUGGCUAGCUGUGUGGACUGGUCGGCCUUCACAGGGACUCACACUGCCAAUACAUUGUGUUCGAAGCUGUCUCCUCUCAGAUCCGAUGCUCCUUGCGUCUCCCUGAGGCCGUUCUUGGACGACCCUCAAGAUAACGAGUCCGUCAUCAGUUUGGAGGAAGACAUCAUGACUCCGUGCAAGAGCAACCCCUGUGCUCAAGGAGAGAUCUGUGAGCUGUUGCCUCAUGGGAGACAGAUUUACCGCUGUGUGCCAGGGUGUUCUCUAGGAGAGAUGUCCAAGCAACUAGUUCCAACUGGGUCAUGGGGGAUCAUUCCUCGAUACGAUCAACAAGGUUGCCUCAGGAUUUGCCAAUGUACUUUUCGAGGCCUGGAGAAGUGCAGGACCCUGAACUGCAUCAAAUUCAACAACUGCUGGGUCCACGACCGCUUCAUCGCUCACAAAACCAACUUCUAUCUAGAGUGCAAUCCUUGUCACUGCUUCGAAGGCGAGUUCACAUGCUCAAAGAGGAGCUGCGGGGAGGUGCGAGUCCCUUCAUUGCCUUGCGACUGCCCGGCUCAUUAUGUUCCAGUCUGCGGAAGGCUAGGUUUCACCUUCGCUUCUGGUUGCCUAGCCAAAUGCGCAGAUCUGUCUCCAAACGAAGUAGAAUUCGGGAGCUGCUCUUCUAGGGACCCUUGCGCCUCGAAUGUCUGCGACAGCACAGAAAAGUGCGUCCGCAGGACCAGGGUGUGCUUGUCUAAACUUCACAAACCCUGUCGUCAGUAUGACUGCGUGCCUCUUGAUUGCGACCCUAGGGACGAGUACAGUGGGCCAGUUUGCGACAAGGAGAACCGUCAGCAUCAUUCGGUGUGCGCUAUGAUCCGUGCUGGAGCUACUUUGGGGUACAGAGGACAGUGUCUGGAGGGGUGUUCCUUGAGAGGACCCGUCUGCGGGGUGAACGGCGAGGUUUAUACGAACGAAUGCGCUGCCUGGGCGGAGAGGACGGUGGUGGACUAUUUUGGAUCUUGCAUGGCUGUCGGAUUAAUCGGGGAUCAUGCAAAACCACGUUGCGGCGAACUUGUCCAGUGUCCUAAGCUGAUCGAACCCUACUGCGUCGGGGUCACACCGCCUGGAGCUUGUUGCCCUGUCUGUGGAGGAGCUGCUAAACUGUUCUAUUCCAAGAAACAAGUCGACAGAAUAUAUUUUAUAAUGGACGAGGAUGAGGACAAGGACUCCGUCACUUUGGAGGCUUUGCUGACCGCUCUGGGGAGACAAAUCCAGGUCGCGCAGUGCGCGCUUAGGGGGAUGAUGACUCCGGACAGGGACAUAUUCAUCAUCGUGCAGCCCACGUCUAAGAGGCCUUCGAUUCUGCAGCUACGGGCCUGCGUAACAGAGACUGAGAAAUUAGUUACCAGAAUAUUGGAGAGGAGCCCUAGGAUCGCGGCCGAGGUGCCCUUGGGCGCUCUCACGAGAGCGGAAAUUGCUCAUAGUUACAUAUCCGGUGCCAUUGCUGUCGGAGGAUGUCUCACGAGCCUUAUAUUUGGCAUAAUCGUCCAUAUUGUCGCUUCGUGAGAGCUGAAAUAGAGAGAGAGAGAGAGAGAGAGAGAGAGAGAGAGAGAGAGAAAGAAAAUGAUCACGGUGGAGAUAACAAAAAACAUUGACACCGUGAUCAGAAUCUCCUCGAUCUUCAAAGGUGCUAAGCAUUUCGUUUACCUACAGGCAUAGUCGUGUCAGCGACUACGCCCGAUUUCAUGACUGUGAUUCUUCUAGUGCCUACGUUAAUAUACAGAAAAGUAUAUAGUUGUAUUUUCAUCGAUCUUUUAAUAUUGCCAAAGAAAUGGGAGCAGGUGGAACGUGUACAAAAGGAUGGCCGCCUGAAAAGCGUGGGCGGCCAUGCGGGUUGUAAAUAAAGUCUCCUAACUUAAGUUACCAAACAACGUGCCCGCCGAGCCUCCCGCUGUAUUCUUCGCAGAUAGUCGAUAGAAAAUACACCGGCGAACGUUACAAGCAACGCGGUUCGAAAUACAGUGAGCAUUCGAUAAGUAUUCCUACUUGAACAGUUACAAAAUUGUUUGCUUCAUGGUAUGGAAAUGUCCUAACAGUGCUAAAAUAUUCAAAGCUCAUCUACCUGUAAAAUAAUUAUCACUGUGUUACGAGCUAGUUCUAACCAUCGCGGUUAUUCGAUCGAACCCAUUUCGGAAGCAGUCGACGGCUAUUUAUCGAACGCGCACUGUACUAUCGGCGAACCGCGCUCGAUCCGAGGCUAAAGAAUCGUGAACUUCGCAGACUCGGAUCGCUCACAGAAAAAUUAUUGACAGGAUCGAUAUCUUCCGUAAUUGUUAAGUAUACUUCGUUAUUGUACCGUUAAAUACAAAGUGUUUGUGUAGUCAUUUAUAAGUUUAAUAAUAAAUUUCUAAUUUUACUCGUA